GCUGUCAAAUCCACCCACACUCGCACGCACGCACGCACUCACGAGAAAUGUCACGAAUUUUGGCCACAAAGCAGAAUCCACCCGUACCGCGAUAGAAGUCGGUUCGUUCCGUUUGCUGUGACAACAUGGCACCACCGGGAGCGAAAAACAAAAAUCCACCCAAUUCCCGCAAGCCGGACCGCGGGUCGUCCUCGCCGGGUUUUAACUGGAAUCGCUUCCAGAAGCAAUACUUGACGGUGGCGUUUGUGAAAUCGCUCGUUUUCGAUCCGGCCCGGCUGCCGCUCGUUACGUGGAUUAUUUUGGGAGCGGAAUUGUUCCUGAACGUUUUUGUGGUCCAGAAUGUGAAUUAUACGGAGAUUGAUUGGAAGGCUUACAUGCAGGAGUGCGAGGGCUUUCUGAAUGGAACUACCAAUUACGCCCUGCUGAAAGGAGACACCGGUCCGUUGGUCUAUCCGGCGGGUUUCGUGUGGAUUUACAGUGCGCUGUACUUUAUCACGAGCCAGGGCCGGAACAUUCGGUUGGCGCAGUACAUUUUCGUUGGAAUCUACCUCGUUCAGAUGUGGCUGGUUCUGCGGUUGUACUCCAAGAGUCGGAAGUUGCCGCCGUACGUGCUUGUGCUGACGACCUUUACGUCGUACCGGAUUCACUCGAUUUAUGUGCUGCGGUUGUUCAACGAUCCGGUGGCGAUUCUGUUCCUUUACUUGGCCUUGAAUGCUUUUAUUGAUAACCGGUGGACGCUGGGAAGUGUCUUCCUGAGUUUGGGCGUUUCGGUUAAGAUGAACAUUUUGCUGUUUGCACCUGCGAUUUUGCUGCUUUUCAUCACGAACCUUGGAUACUUUAAAACUCUGAUUCAGUUGACCAUUUGUGGGGCGAUUCAGUUGGUUCUGGGAGCUCCCUUCCUGCUGACCCAUCCGUGGGAGUAUCUCAAAGGAAGCUUCGAUUUGGGACGGAUCUUCGAGCACAAAUGGACCGUCAACUAUCGAUUCCUGGAAAGGGAUAUUUUCGAGAGCAAAAUGUUCCACCUGGCUUUGCUUGCCUUGCAUGUGCUUCUGCUAGUUGCGUUCGCUUCGCCGUGCUUCAAGUAUUUCCAAAACUAUUGCCGACUGCGCCAUCUGGAGAUGAUGCUGGCCCCGCAGAUUUCCGCCAAGAAUCGCGAAGUCGCUCAGGAGAAGAAACGCAAGCCAGCGCCAAAACCCAAGAAAGAAGAAAAGGCUGAAAACCUCUCCAAGGAUCAGGAAAUGUUCCUGAAAUCCUUCGAAAAGGGCAUCAAGAAGAUGGCCAACAAGGAAUCGAAUGGCGUUGCUCCGCCCCCACCGGAACCCGAACCCGAAGAGCCCGCCCAACCCAACAAAUUCUCGAUCCACUUCGAUCGCGCCACCCAGCUCUGUCUCCUCCCGAUCUUCCUGGCCAACUUUAUCGGCAUCGUCUGCUCCCGCAGCCUGCACUACCAGUUCUACGUGUGGUACUUCCACAGUCUGCCCUACCUGACCUGGUUCACCGAGUACGGCACAAGCCUCAAGUUCCUGCUUCUGCUGCUCAUCGAGUUCAGCUGGAACACCUACCCGAGCACCGGCGUAAGUAGCUUGAUUCUUCACACGUGCCACGUCAUCCUGCUGGUCGGCAUCGGGCGCAAAAUGUUCCGUAAAAUCCCCGACCUGGCCCAAAUCAGCGGCAGCAGCAGCAAAGCGACCGACUGAAAGUGGGCCCUGGCUUAAGCGGCCAGCACCAGAUGCAUUUUUAUUGUUUAAAUUUUGUGCCUUUUUUACGUCGAAUAGUUUGUUGGAAAAACGCGUGCAUGUGUGUGAUGUAUUUGCAAUACAAUACGGAUUAAUUUAUUGAAA